AUGUCCACGUUUACUACGGUAUUCCCCUCCGCACUUUCCGAUCUCCUGGCCUUGAUGACUACGUCUCGUGUCUUGGACGAUGCGAUCCAGGCACUCGGUGCAAUGAGUGCUAGCCGACUGGGAACUAGAGCGAUCAGUACUUUACGGGUAUCCUUGUCAGAUAAAAGCCAUGCGCGAGGAGACGAUGUCCUCUGGGCUACAUUCCUUCUCGGGCUAUUCGAGCUUCUCUGCGAGGGAUCAGGCGACGGCUACAUAAGCCACGUCUUCUACGGCACAUCAAUGCUUCUCCGGCUCGUACCCCCGAGUAGCUCAAUGUCCCCGCUUCGACGAGCGUUCUAUGACAUCUUUCGUGUCUGUGAGGCUAGUCGCGCCCUCCCUCACAGCGAGACUACAAUCCUCUCAGAGCCAACCUGGCUUCGAUUCCAAGAGGCGCAUCAAGGGAGCGGGGAUCACUGGAAUCCAUUGGAGGAGAUUACAACGUUGAUGAUAGAGACUUCCGCGUUCAACUUACGUUCUCGCAAUACCAUUUCCCGGAUCCCCUCGGCUGAACUGGCUACUAAUCCAUCAGUCCUGUGCCUUGCCGUGGACGGCCAAAGGCUCCAGCAAACCAUAUGUGCCUGGCAUGACCACGCCCUCGCGUACCUCUCGCAAGGCCACCACCAACCAAGAACCAACGUCGACCUCGCGCUCUUAAAGUACCACACUCUCCUACUCUUCCUCUCGGGCGGUACCCACGACAGCUUCCCCAACUGGACCAACCUCCCCGGCCCAGCCCUGACACAAUCUGAAACCUGCGACCACGUUACUCUGAUCCUUGACCUCUCCGAACGGAUCUUACGGCACAGUAGUGCGCCUGGGAUCUUGCUCUUCUUCCCGCUGACGAUUGCCGGGUGUCGAACGCGACGGGAGGAUCAGAGAGUUCGGAUUAGGAUUCUCUCUCUACUUGAUCAGGUGCUAUGUAGUGGGUUUGGUACCGCGAAGCGUGUUCGGGAAACUAUUCUACAGUGUUGGUCUAGGCGCGAUGCAGAAGAUCGUGUCCGUAUCGAGUCAGCUGUAAGCUAG